AGUACUCCUCUUUUUUAUACAAAUUCUUCUCCUCAUCUCGGGCAUUUGUAUACGACUCUUUAUUGCGACUUUUUGACUCGUUAUAAAAAACAACCCAAUCAAUUUCUCAUUCAUGGUUGAAUUUUGAUGAAUAAUGAAAAAAUGUCCAAAUCAAAAGGAAACAUAAUCAAUCCUUUGAAUUUAUUUGAAAAAUUUGAUCCCGAUAAUCAGGCUCGACGAUCGAAGUAG